AUGCAAGACUACAUCGAAACGCAAGUAAAUUCAAACAAGAACAAGUGGAUCUAUGAGAUAUUGGAUGGCACGAGAGAGAAGGACUCCGUCCUCAUAGAGACAGACGAGUUUGUAUUCCUUCCCGAUACCCACGCCAUGAACAAUGGAAGUGUAUACAAUUGGCUGUGUAUUGUAAAGGAUAGGAAGUUGAGGACAUUGAGAGAUCUGGACGCUAGGCACAUACCCAUGUUGAGGAAGAUGAAGAUGACCUGUAUUGAUUAUAUCCAGAGUGUUACACAGCACAAUGCUCAUAACAUCAUGGCAUAUGUGCAUUAUCUUCCAAGUGUCUACCAACUCCACGUCCAUUUCUGCGCGCCCUACGGUUGUUACACCACUAUGGAUGCCUUGAAGAUCUAUCCUUUGGAUUCUAUUAUCAGUAACUUGGGCAUCGACAAAGAUUACUUCAAAAAGACAAGCAUCACAACCGUUGUUUAUGGGAAUGCAACACUCCUCAACAUUUACAAGUUACCCUCUUCACUCGCCAAUGCAUCGUCCAAGUUUGCGAUCGAUCUCAAGAAGAGUGCAUGCCCGUGCUGUAAGGGGAGAUGCAACAAGUGUAAGGGUAGAAGGUUACAGGACGCUGCGAUAGUCUAUAACAGCAAGAAUAAAAAGAAGUGUUAG